AUGGCUGGACGCUUGCUGUUUGUCAUCCUCGUGUAUCUUCUUCCACCGACACUGACAGUGAAUCCUCCGGUGAUCACAGAGACAGACUCAGUCACUCUGCACUGUCAGACUCCACCCUCUGUUUCUGUGUCUCAGUGUUAUUUCUACACUUUAAGUGGAGGAACUAGAGUCUUCCCUUGUCUGAAGAAUCUGACAGGAACUGAGCUGCUGCAGAUGUCACAGCAGAGAUCACCUGCUGAGGUUCAAGUUAAAUGUUCUUACAUUGGAAAGAUUGAAGGAUCAAAUUCUCCGUCUCCACACAGUGACCCGUCCUCCAUCACCGUACGCACUCUUCGUCCACCGACACUGACAGUGAAUCCCCCGGUGAUCGCACAGACAGACUCAGUCACUCUGCACUGUCAGACUCCACCCUCUGUUUCUGUGUCUCAGUGUAAUUUCUACACUUUAAGUGGAGGAACUAGAGUCUUCCCUUGUCUGAAGACUCUGACAGGAACUGAGCUGCUGCUGAUAUCACAGCAGAGAUCACCUGCUGAGGUUCAAGUGAAAUGUUAUUACACUGUAAAACAUGGAGGGUCAACUUCUCCAUCUCCACACAGUGAGACGUCCUCCAUCACCGUACGCAGCCAGACUAAAGGCACACCAGUUGACCCUGUUGGUUCUGUCUCUUCUUCAGUGAAACCAGAGACAGGUAGUUUGACCUCUGCUGUCCCAACUCUUUUGAAUCCAGCAUCUGGUGAUAAAGUUACAGGGAAGAUGACAUUGAUGGUUCGAGCAGCUGUGACUGUGGGAGUCAUCUUGCUCGGAUUGGCACUUCUCCUUACUAAAAGACUGAGUG